AACUGCCUUUCCAACUUCUCAAAUUUCAAACUAAUUCAAUUUCAUCAUUCGUAAGAGAAGAAAGUUCGAUCGAUCGACCAAAAUGGGUGCUCUGGAUCACAUCUCUGAAAUCUUUGAUUUCUCUUACAGUAGCAAUAGUAAGAGGCUUAAGAAACACAAGCAAUUGCAGACAGUGGAGAUAAAAGUGAGGAUGGACUGUGAAGGAUGUGAAAGGAAAGUGAAGAAAUCAGUGGACGGGAUGAAGGGAGUGACCCAAGUGGACGUGGAACCUAAGAAGAACAAGCUCACAGUUACUGGGUAUGUGGACCCAAAGAAGGUGUUGCACAGGGUUCAUUACCGGACGGGGAAGAAGGCGGAAUUCUGGCCUUACAUCCCAUACGAAAUGGUGGCCCACCCAUACGCUCCUGGGGCGUACGAUAAGAAAGCCCCAUCUGGGUAUGUGCGCAACGUUCUGGUGGACCCACAGUCCUCCAAGCUAGCACAUGCCAGCUCCUUGGAAGAGAGAUACGUUUCUGCCUUCAGCGACGAUAACCCUAAUGCCUGUUCCAUCAUGUGACGGAAGACUACAUGAUUUUUUCUUUUUCUCUUUUCAUUUUUUAACAAAAAAUCUGUUUUUUGAUCUUUUUGGGUUUUAUUUUUUUAAUAUUUUUUAUUUUUUAAAUAUUUUUUGAGUGGGAGUUCUCCAAUGUAAAGUAAGCUUCGAAAAACAGAAGAGCUUGUAUUAUUAUUAUUAUUUUUUUUCAAUUUUAAUAUAUUUUUCUUGGGGGUAGCAUAGAGCUCAGCCUCAGUUCGCGUA